AUGCGAAAGUUGGAAUGGGACGACAUGGGAGUGAAGGUUGAUGGUCGGCAGCUACGCCCUUUGCGCUUUGCUGAUGACAUCGUACUGAUAACACCUAGCAUCAGCCAAGCGGAACGAAUGCUGACUGAAUUCGACGAAACAUGUGGAUGCAUCGGUCUUCGGCUGAAUCUACAAAAGGCGAUGUUCAUGCGGAACGGAUGGGUCUCGGAUGCCCCACUUACGCUCAACGGAACGAACAUAUCCGAAUGCACCAGCUACGUUUAUCUGGGUCGGGAACUGAACAUGAUGAACGACCUGACCCCCGAGCUGGGCAGGAGGAGACGAGCGGCUUGGGGAGCGUACAAGAGCAUCGAGGAUGUAGUGAAGAAGACCAGGAACACCCGGCUCCGUGCUCACCUCUUCAACACCACCGUACUUCCUGCUUUGACCUAUGCUUCGGAAACCUGGGCAUUUCGCAAGCAGGAAGAAAACGCGGUGAGCGUCAUUGAACGCGCAAUUGAGAGAGUGAUGCUAGGAGUAUCCCGUUUCACGCAAGUGAGGGACGGGAUUCGAAGUUUUCUCCUACGUCAGCGAUCGAAGAUUAGAGACGCCGCCGCGUUUGCCAAGGAAAGUAAAAUAAGGUGGGCCGGACACGUGAUGACACGUGAUGACGCUUUAAUGACAACCGUUGGACCAGAGCCGUGA